CGGCGCGCGCGCGCGCUCGAACGUCGGUGACGAUGAGCGAAACGGCGACGGUGACGUACCUGGAGAAAUUCGUGGACAAUCUCGCGGACGUCCCCGCGGAGUUGCAGCGGAUACUACAAACGAUCGGGGAGCUCGAUAAACGGAACGUGCGAUUGCGAGAUGCGGUGCAAGCAAAGGUGGACGAGUGCGCGUCGGCGCCGAGUCUGAGCGCGCGAGGCGCGCGCAGCGCCGACGUCGACGCGGUGAGCACGUUGAAGAAAGAGAUCGAAGAACUUCACGAUACGAUGGCGAUGGUAUCCAAUGAGAAGAUACGGUUGGCGCAGAUGGCGUUGGAUUUAGUGAAAGGGAACGCGACGGUGCUCGACGCUGAGAUGAAGACGUUCCGCACAGAGCUCGAGGAACAAGGUAUUAACCCGGACGAGGACGUCGAUGAUGGGUACGGCUACGCGCAGGUGCAAGCGCAGUACCACCGCAAGAUGCAAAAGCCGCAAUAUCAAUAUCAAAGACCCGCGCCUAUGCCGCAGCAGCAGCGCGCGUACGGCGAACACGCGAUGAGCUCGAUGGACGUCGGCGACCUCGUGGCGGCAAACGUAGGGGCGUUGAACCAAAGCGCCGGUGGACAAGAGUGGAUCGUUGCGACCGUGACUCGAUAUUCUCCAACUGAACGCGAGUUUGAGAUCGUUGAUGCGGACGAAGACGCGGAAAAGCACGUGUACCGCUUGCCGCAAAAGUUUGUCAUCCCGCUUCCGAAGACGGCGUCUGUGAAGCAGUCGCAAAACUUUCCCGCCGGGACGAGCGUGCUCGCUGUGUACCCGAACACGACCACGUUCUACAAAGCCAAGGUCGUGCAACCGGCGAGAAGACUCCCGAACGCGGAGUACAGCGAGUUCGUGUUAGAGUUUGAAGACGACGGCGACGCCGACGGUCAAGCGCAUCGCCCCGUGCCGUUCCGCCACGUCGUCUUAUUUCCGCGAUGAGCGGUGCGAGCGGGAACACAGUUUCGCGCGAUCGAUCGAUCGUGCGUGCGCGCUAUUUCGUGUAAUCAACAG